GUGAGGCCAGCGCUUUACCAGCUGAUCCACCGUGCCGCCCUCUCCAAUGAAUGUUGCAUGUUUUUGGGAUGUGGGAGGAAACUGGAGCAACUUGAGAAAACCCACGCUGGCACGGGGAGAUCAUGCAAACUCCACACUGGUGGUGCAGGGAUUUGAACCCCGGUCCUCAGAACUCUGAGACCAACGCCCUGCAGCUCCACCACUGUGCUGAAAGUAAUAAUCAAAUAGAAUGUAAAGAAAGCAAAGGUAAGAUAGGUUAAUUGUUCCAUUUUUUUUUUGCACUACACUUUCACAAAUGUAAUCUUAUUUGCCUUUUUUGCCCCAAAAUCAUUUUGAGAGGUUUUUCUUCUUUCCAUGGAACAAAAACAUUGCAAAUCGGUGAGUUUUUUUUCCACAAAUAACAGGUAGGUUCAAACAAAAACAAAGAGAAGCAAACACCUCCUUCGACCUGCAUAUUAUAUUAACGGUGGUUAGCAUGAUGAUCAUAAACGUGUCGGGAGACUCCGCUACUGCAUCCCGUGCAUUACACAGUGACUUUUGAUGCUGUUUUUUUCGCGCAUGGGGGGGAUCUCUACACAGCUAUGUGAGUUACUGCAUGUAUGUGUGUAGUUGUACAUCUUUUUGUGUGAGGCCACGUGGGAUAGACGAGUAAAAAAAAAAAAAAAAGCGCUGCGUCAGGAAGUGAAAAGUCAGCAAUUAGCCAAUGUGGCACCUCUGCCGCCAUUCACAGACACGGUUACGAAAUGUAUUUGAGUAUUUGUUUCACUUUCACUCCCUACAUUGAAAGGAGGGAUUUGACUCUGAAAUAGGCUGAAUUAUUUUUCAACCUCUGUGAAUGAGGACACAAAAAAUGUUAAAAAACAAUUAAACAGGAAAGUCAACAGCAGUUGGGAUCGUGAUUGAUCUGAUUGUGGUCUGCGCCUGUAAAUAAUGCUCAUUUUCUUAACUGCCAUGACUUCAUCCAGCAUCUUCUCAAGGUCAUUAGCUUUUGUUCUGGGGUUGAGUCGCAUAUUUCAGACCAAAACACGUUCAUUUCUGGGACACAGAGCCUGUCUCAUUCCUGAGGCAUGUGAUGGCUGAAUAUUCCCACUUCUGUAUAAUUGUGUGAACAGAUGGACGUGGUGCCUUCAAGCAUCUGGAAAUUGCACCCAAGGAUCAGCCAGACUUGUGCCGCUCCACAAUUGUUUGUCUGAUUUCCUAGCUGAUUUCUUUUGAUUUUCCCAUGAUUUCAAACAAGGAAGCAGAGUGUUGUAAGUGUGCCGUCAAUUUAUUCAAAUGACCUCAUAAUCUGGGCUUCCCCAUGUUUUUUAAAGAAGUACUUUUCGUUGAUGUAAACUUUUGACCUCAAAAUGGUAUAAAAUUCUCUAUCUCAUUAUUGUGUCAUUUAACAAAAUUAAAUAAUGUAGUGAUCAAGACUGACCUGACACAGGAGAGGUUUAGUCUGAUUUGACUUCAGACACCAGGCCAAGAAAAUGAAAUAUCUUUUUUGCAGUGUAGCUAAAGUUUUGGCUUUAACUGUAAUUAUUAAAACAAUUCCCAUUAUUUCUUAUUGAUUUGAUUCAGUGUAGCUGUCCUUCAGCUCAAUUAAAAAGGUGAGACGUUUUCAUGAGCACUUUAUUUGUAGAUUGGUAUUACUAGACACUGCAUUCCUCAAAAACAUUGAAAACUAAUUCAAAUGCAUGUGACUCUUGAAUGGGCAUCUGUUUGUGUGUUUUUGAUCUCAUCAGAUGUCACUUGUAAUUUCUCUUUAAUAUAUUCCGUAUAUAAUAUCGCUAGACGGCAUGGUGGAGCAACUGGUUAGAGUCUUGGCCUCACAGUUCUGCGGAUCGGGGUUCAAAUCCCGGCCCCGCCUGUGUGGAGUUCUCCCCUUGCCUGUGUGGGUUUUUCCCGGGCAUUCCGGUUUCCUCCCAUAUCCCAAUAACAUGCAUUAAUUAAGUGGAGACUCCAAAUUGUAUAUUGUAAUAGUGAGUAUGACAGUUGUCUGUCUAUGUGUGCCCUGCAAUUGGCUGGCAGCCAGUACAGAGUGUACCCUGCCUCUUGCCCGUUGUUAGCUCAGAUAGGCUCCAGCACUCCCGCGACCCUCGUGAGGAUAAGUGGCUCGGAAAGUGAAUGAAUGAAUAAUAUCCUUAUUAUAGGAAUGCAACUCACUUUGCAACAACUUAGCUUCAGCGCAGCAAUCUCACAGUGUCAAGACCUGGAACACAUAGCGAACACUUGAGGGACUCAAAGUUGUGCAGGAGUUCCCCAGGAUGUCACUUUGCUUACGGAGGAUAGCUGAAGGAUGACUACCCUUGAGCAAGAUUGUCUAUGGAUCUUACUGCGAUUAUGUGUACUAGAAGUAACCCAAGUUAAAAAAUAAAGAAAUCAUGUGUCAGUUAAAUAUCCAUCAGGAUUAGUUUAUUGGCAAUCGAUUAUUUUAGUCUAGAGCUGUAGCGGACUCUUCAAACUGAGCUAAAACAAUAGAAAACAAACACCUUAAUGCUAACUUCCAAAUUAUAAUGCGUAUUAUGCUGAAAAAAAAAUAUAAACUGGAAAACAAAUGUGACUUAGGUAUGAGCUGACUAUACAAGUAUAUCCGACAGUAAGAUUAAUGAUUUUUCACAAAGUCCGGCAAGACUAUUUACCUGCUCAACACUCCAGUACAUUUAAAUACAGGUAGACCUCUAUGCUCAAGAGCAAAGUUCAUUUCGGUGAAGAUCUAUGUUUGCUGAUUUUCACACGCCAUUUCACCCAAAUAUCGUGAAUCUCAACGUCGGCCAACAUCUGUCAAUGUGUGUAUUUGAGUCACUUUAUAUUAAUUUAAACUGUUGUAGUAAACCCAGGAGAGGAGUGUAAAGUCGCCAAAUCAGUGAUGAUCGCCGUAACGUAGCUUGAAUGUUUCCAUCGUGUUUCAGUCAUUCACGAGGUUUUCCUUUAUCAUCGGGCUGCGUCGUUGCCCCCCCUGUGCCGCUAACGACAACCCUUCCCCCAUUUUAGUGUCAGGCGGCGUUGACGAGAGGUGGACUUCUUCCGCGUCAAAAACAGGGUGCCGAGGAGGGCGAGUGUUUCGGCAAAACAUCUUGCUCGAGUAACACGAAAACGAAAUUCUCGAGCAAACAUUGCGUUGGCUUUUAACAGCUAGCCCGACUCGCACGCGGAUACGGCAGCCAUGUUUUACGUCUAGAAAAUCUCAAAAGAGUGUGUCCAUCCGCGCGGCUCGACUCACGGACAAUCAUUGCUUAACAAGUCGUCAAAUGCCCUAGAUGUUAAGUAUCAAGUAAUUCGAAGUUAUAUAUAUAUAUAAAAAAAAAAUCUUCCUUGAGUAGGGUGCCAUUACAACCUCCUCUCCACAUUGGCCUAUGCGUGAAACACACCGCUGAUAUCCCUCCGCGGAGGGCUCGCGUUUUCCCUUUUGGAGGGGGAGGGGGAUGUCUAUCAAAUGCGAACGGAAUAUUAAAAUCCCACCACUAAAAUCAACAUUUUCCCUCGCAAGAGCGUAUGAUUGUGCCCGUUUUGCGUCCGUGAUAUUUGCGGCGGUGCUUGGGGUCGAAACCCGGCCGGCUGGCACUAGGCUGGGCCUCCGCGCGGAGGAGCACCUCGAGCGGAGGCGAGCCGGGACUGUUUUCGAGCGCCUGAAUGGAGGCAGCCUCUUCCUGGUGGAUAAACAGUGACAGCUACAGGGCAGCCACCGACACCCAGCGGCCCGGCUCCGGCUCCGGCUCUGGCGCUGCCCCCCGCCGAAGCACGGCGAAAACAUGGCCUCGCACACCUCGCAGUUGACUUCUGAGCUCUACUUCCUAAUCGCCCGCUUUCUCGAAGCCGGACCUUGCCAGGAAGCAGCCGAGACGCUGAUAAGGGAGGUGGAGGAUAAGGAGCUGCUGCCCAGGAGGUUGGACUGGACCGGGCAGGAACACCCCGGGACGUAUGAGGAUUUGGUGAAGCUGUACCGCCACAUCAGCCCUGAGCACCUGCUGCACGUAUGCUCCAGAGUGUGUCCCCUGCUGGAGCGGGACGUCCCAGCCAGCGUGCCGGGACUCACCAGCCUCCUGGGGGCGGGCCGACAGAAUCUCCUCCGCACGACCAAGAGUUGCAAGCAUGUGGUCUGGAAGGGUUCAGCACUGGCGGCGCUUCACUGCGGACGACCGCCAGAGCCCCCCAUCAUCUACGGGAGCCCGGCCAACAUCGUUGAAACGAGCCACGGUCGGCGGCUAAAUGGUUUUUACCGCCUGCGCCAGUUGGUGCCCACCGCAGUGUAUCAGCACAUGAAAAUGCAUAAGAGAAUCCUGGGCCAUCUUUCCUCUGUCUACUGCGUCACCUUUGACAGGACUGGACGGCGCAUUUUCACUGGCUCUGAUGACUGCCUGGUGAAGAUCUGGAGCACAGACAAUGGCUGUCUGCUCGCAACGUUGCGUGGGCACGCAGCCGAGAUCUCUGACAUGGCCGUGAGCUACGAGAACACCAUGAUCGCCGCCGGUUCUUGCGACAAGACCAUCCGCGUGUGGUGCUUGCAGACGUGUGCGCCGCUGGCCGUGCUGGAGGGCCACGCCGCAUCCAUCACUUCCCUGCAGUUUUCUCCUCUGUGCAGUGGCUCCAAGCGCUACCUGUCCUCCACGGGUGCCGACGGCACCAUCUGUUUCUGGCAGUGGGACGCACGUACACUCAAAUUCGGUCAGAGGCCUAGUAAGUUCACUGAGCGUUCCAGACCCGGGGUCCAGAUGAUGUGCUCCUCGUUCAGCGCAGGUGGGAUGUUCCUGGCGACAGGAAGCACGGAUCACAUCAUCAGGGUGUACUACUUUGGCUCGGGACAACCGGAGAAGAUCUCAGAACUGGAGUCCCACACAGACAAAGUUGACAGCAUCCAGUUCUCACACUGCAGCGACCGGUUUGUGAGCGGCAGCAGGGACGGCACAGCGCGCAUCUGGCAGCUGCACCCUCAAGGCUGGAGAAGCAUCCUCCUGGAUAUGCAAACCAAAUUACCAGGAAAGUACAACCCGCCACCGCUGGAAGAUAAGGUGACUAAGCUGAAGGUCACCAUGGUGGCGUGGGACCGCCACGACAGCACGGUGAUCACCGCGGCCAACAACCUGACACUGAAGGUGUGGAACUCCAUCAGCGGGAACCUGGUUCAUGUCCUGAUGGGUCACGAGGACGAGGUGUUUGUCCUGGAGCCCCACCCCUUCGACCCCCGCAUUCUCUUCUCGGCAGGGCACGACGGCAAUUGUAUCGUGUGGGACCUGGCCAGAGGCCUCAAGAUCCGCUCCUACUUCAACAUGAUUGAGGGUCAGGGGCAUGGGGCGUUGUUUGACUGCAAGUGUAGCCCAGACGGUCAGCACUUCGCCGCCACCGACUCCCACGGUCACCUGCUCAUCUUCGGCUUCGGCUCCAGCAGCAAGUACGACAAGAUCGCCGAUCAAAUGUUCUUCCACACCGACUACCGACCACUGAUCCGUGAUGCAAACAACUACGUCCUGGACGAGCAGACUCAGCAGGCGCCUCACCUCAUGCCUCCCCCCUUCCUGGUGGACGUGGACGGCAACCCCCAUCCGCCCCGCUACCAACGGCUGGUGCCUGGCCGAGAGGGGUGCCGGGACGAGCAGCUCAUCCCACAAAUGGGCGUAACCUCUUCAGGCUUGAACCAAGUGGUCAGCGAGCAGGCAGUAGAUGGUUCCAGUCCUCUGGACACGAUGAUCCAAAGAUUACAGCAGGAACAGGACCAGAGGCUGGGCUCCAACGAGACGCCCGCUGCUUCUGCGCCUGCUGGUUCUGCCGCUGCUGUUACUGCGAGUUCCCGAGUCAGCAGAGCGUCUGUGGGUUCUCCGUCAGAGGUGCCUUCACCCCCUAACGUGGGCCUCCGUCGCAGUGGGCAGAUCGAGGGCGUGCGGCAGAUGCACAGCAAUGCUCCGCGCAGCCAGAUGGCCACCGAGGGAGACCUGGUAGCAUGGAGCCGCCGGGUUCUGGUGCCUGAGCUGGAGGGCGCCUCAGUCAGGAAACAGGUGAACUGGCGAGAGGCUAAAGGGGAGGAGGAGAUCAACAUUUACCAGUCGGAACGCCGGAGACGCACCAUCCACUCCCUGCCGAAGGAGAGCAGAGUUCAUCCAACUUCAGAGUGUGCGGCCGACGAGGGGAGGCGGAGUCAGGGUAACCACGGUUACCAGACCCGAGCAGCCGUGGAGGAGACGAGCCGCCAGAGCGCCGAGGCGGCUGACGACGAUGACAGCAUCUCGGAGGGAGAGACGGAAGUGCGGCAGAUUAACGGACACUCGUCGGAAGAGGAGAAGGAUGAGGAGCAAAAAGAGCCGUGGCCUGAUGAUCACAGCAGUUCCAGUGACUACUCAAGCGAUUACUCGGACUGGACGGCCGACGCAGGCAUCAAUCUGGAACCGCCCAAGAAAAGCGUGAAGGUGAAGAAGAAGAGCAGCAGCUCGGAAGAAGACGGCGACAAAAAGCGGGACCCCAAGAAAGAACGCAAGAAGGACAAAGCCGACAAGGACGGCACGCUACCAAAGAAGAAAAAUCCAAAGGAAAAGAGGAAGAGAGCAGAAUUUCAGGAGCAAGGGCUAACUUUAGAGGAGUGGAUACCCUCUUCCUGGAUCACGGACCUGCUUCCCAGGAGGUGUCCUUAUAUUCCGCAGAUGGGAGACGAGUUGUACUACUUCCGUCAGGGCCACGAAGCGUACGUGGAGAUGGCCAAACAAAAGAAGAUUUACAGCAUCAACCCUAAGAAGCAACCCUGGCACAAGAUGGAGCUGCGGGAGCAGGAACUGAUGAAGAUUGUGGGGAUAAAAUAUGAGGUUGGCUUGCCCACGCUAUGCUGCCUCAAACUGGCCUUCCUGGACCCAGACACUGGCAAACUAACUGGAGGAUCCUUCUCCAUGAAGUACCACGACAUGCCAGACGUCAUCGACUUCCUGGUGCUGCGGCAGCAGUUCGACAAUGCGAGGAAGCGGCAGUGGACGAUAGGCGACAGGUUUCGCUCGGUGAUCGACGACGCCUGGUGGUUCGGCACCAUCGAGAGUCACGAGCCGUACCAGCCGCAGUACCCUGACAGCUUGUUUCUAUGCUACAAUGUCUGCUGGGAUAAUGGAGACACUGAGAAGAUGAGUCCAUGGGAUAUGGAGCUCAUUCCUGAUGAGGCGUGCCUCUUUUCUUCCGCAGCUUCUUUCCCGGACGAGUUGGGCACGAGUGUCCCGCUCACGGAGGAGGAGCACCGCGAACUCCUGUACGUGCCGCUGGACGGCGAAUGGGGAUGCCGCACGCGUGCCGACGAGUGCGAGCGCAUCAUCAAAGCCAUCGACCAGCUCUGCACCUUGGACAUCGCGGCACCGUUUGCUUUCCCAGUGGACCUGCACGCGUACCCCACCUACUGCACGGUGGUGGCUUACAUUACGGACCUCAGCACCAUACGCCAAAGGCUGGUCAACCGCUUUUACAGACGACUGUCAUCUCUGAUGUGGGAAGUUCGAUACGUGGAGCACAAUGCGCAAACGUUUAACGAGCCUGGCUCCUUCAUCGUCACCACUGCCAAGUUUGUCUCUGACCUCAUGCUGCAGUUCAUUAAGGACCAAAGUGUGACAGACCUAAUGCCACUUUACAAAACCCUCAAGAAGGCCACCUUCUCUGACUCUGAAGAGGAGGAUGAGGAGGAGGAGGAAGAGGAUGAGGACACGAGUACACCGGGCACCUCCACCCAAAACUACAAGGAGGGCCGUCCGACACGCCGGCGACUGCGGACGCGACCCCCCUCGUACGACCCCCAAGCGUGGCGCGGACGCUGCAAGGAGCUGCUAGACCUCAUCUUUCAGUGCGAGGACUCUGAACCCUUCAGAGAACCUGUGGAUCUGCAGGAGUACCCGGAUUACCUCCAAAUCGUAGACUCGCCAAUGGACUUCGGCACUGUCCUCAACACGCUGACUGCAGGCAAGUAUCAGACGCCCAUCCAGCUCUCCAAGGACGUGCGGCUCAUCUUCAGCAACUCCAAAGCGUACACGCCCAGUAAGAAGUCCAGGAUCUACAGCAUGAGCUUGAGGCUGUCUGCGCUCUUCGAAGAGCACAUGAGCUCCAUCCUGGCCGACUACCAGGCCAUCCACGGCCUGACGGAAAAGCUGACCCGACGGACCGCUGAACGGCAGUCCCGACACGCCACCCCUGACCAGCGACCCACGCGGCACGUCAAGAGGCGACGGCGCAGCGAGUCUCCCCCCAGCAGCCUGGCGUCCAGCCCAGAGAGGAAAAGGCGCGUCUCGUCCCGAGUGACGAGCAGGCGGGAGCCGUCGCCGCCUCCCUCGCGGCCGCCCUCCCUGAGGCAGAACCUCCCUGUGAAGCACACACCUCCGCUGCUCAACGGGAAGACAGACACGCCAGGACGCACACGCAGCGCUGCAAGACACUUUGCGCACUCGCCGACCUCGUCGGCACUAGCGCAAAGUGCUAACACUACAGAGUCGACGCGCUCGCUGAGAAAUCACAACUUUGUCUCGGCCUCCUCGCCACCCGCGGCAGCAGCCGAUAGGACGCUGCCCACUCCGGCCGUGGAAGGCGGCGUGGCUGGAAGCACUCGGCGGAAACCGAGGACGCCUGUUAGACGAAGAUCAGGGUCUCCGGAAAGCCCCCCUUCCCAGACCACAGCCCACCUGAAUGGCCACGGCGGUCACCUGACAGCCGGACCUGGAAGGAGGGGCCGUAAAUCCCGAGCGGACCUGCCAGCAAGCCCUCCGCCGGACCCCGCCACUCCGAGUAGCCCGUCCAGGAGGCGCGGUCGCCCCCCGGGCAAGAAACGCGGCAGGAAGGGCAAAGCGGACAUUGCUAGCCCCGCCCUCGAAGAAGAGGUCGACCAAUCCACUGGCGACGAGGGGAUUGCGCCGGUGACGUCGGACUCUGGCACGCCGAGGAAGAGGGGCCGGCCGCGAUCUUUCAGGACUGAGGAGGUAACGCCGCCACACCCGCCCCCCGCUCUCCCUCCUCCUCCAACUGCUACCUCUUUGGAGACCCCCGAACCUUCGCCGCUGAGGAGGAGCAGCCGGCGAGCGCACGACGACGUCACGUCCACGCCACGGACGGAAAGAGGCGCUCAAGGGGAAGGGGUGGCGGAACACCAGGAGGUGGAGGAGGAUGAUGAGGAGGAGGAGGGCGAGGACGGGGCGGGGGGCUCCAUGCGCACCCGGAACCAGGGGCGACGCUCGGCCUGGUACGUAGAGGAUGACUCGGAGGAGGAGCAGAGGCAGCUGCUCUUUGAGGACUCCUCCAUCACCUUCGGAACCUCCUCCAAAGGACGCGUACGCAAGCUGACAGAGAAGGCUAAGGCCAACCUGAUUGGCUGGUAGCCCGAAUCCCAUGCAUGCGCGCACACACACACACACACACACACAAGCCCUUUUCACGCUGCCCAUCAAAUCCGGCUGUUGCCCUGCUCGUUUUUCCGUGCGUUCGAUACCGAUGCAGGAUUGGGAGUUGAUAAAGCUUUGGCGAAAAAUACAACUUCCUGAAAAGACUCCAAAUUUGUUUUUUUUUCAUUUAUACCAAACAUUUCAGAAAUACAUUUGUUUUUUUUUUAUUACAUUUUCAUGUAAUCUUUUAAAAAUGUUUUGGGGUAAAAUGACUCCAAAUUGAAGAUUUUUCUUUUUACCAAAAUUUAUUAUUUUUUUCAGUAUCGUUUUCAAAGGGCGGCACAGUGGAAUAGCUAGAAAGCGUUGACCUCACAGUUCUGAGGUCCCGGGUUCAAUCCCGGACCUGCCUGUGUGUCGUUUGCAUGUCCUCCCCCGUGCCUGCGUGGGUUUUCUCCAGGCACUCCGGUUUCCUCCCACAUCCCAAAAACAUGCAACAUAAACUGGACACUCUAAAUUGCCCCUAGGUGGGGUUGUGAGUGCAGCUGUUUGUCUCCAUGUGCCCUGUGAUUGGCUGGCAACCGGUUCAGGGUGUACCCCGCCCGCCUCCUGCCCAUAGACAUCUGGAUUUGGCUCCAGCACUCCCGUGACAUCUUGUAAGGAUAAACAGCUAAGAAAAUGCAUGUAUGGAUGUUUUCGAAGCCCAUAAAUAAAUAAAUAAAAUGGGGUUCUUUUCUAAAAUAUUUUGGCAUUAAAAAUAGAUACAUUUUUCAAUCAUUUAGGAAUGAAUGAGGAUUAGAGAAAUUUUUUCCCCCAAAAAAGUCUUUUCAUUUUUUUAAUUGAAAAGGACAAUUUUUUUCUGUAUUCCUUUUCUAUAAAAAAUAUUUAAAUUACAAUGUUAAAAAAAGGAAUAAAAUUUCAAAAACUAUGGAUUAAGAUAAUUUGGGAAAUUAACUGUUCAUCAAAAUAUGUAUUUUUGUAUUAUAGAUUGAAAAACAAGAACAAAAUUUAAGUUUUUAGAAUAAAAAUUUACACCAUUUUAAAUAUUUUGUAUGAAAAAAAAAAGUUUACGAAGAUGAAUAUUUUUGGGUUUUGUUUUUCUUCCCCAAAAUGGCAUUUUUUUUUGUUUAAUAAAUGAAAGGAGUUGAAAUACAUUUGAAAUUUUUUGUGUAAAAAAAAAUUUAAUUACUGCUAGUGGUAUUACUAUAAUUACUCUUUAGAAAUGUAAGUAAGAAUCGUGAAGAAAAUCUAUGCGUAAAGAUUUAUGAAUGAUUUUUUUUUUUAUUUUUUGGUGAAAAGAAAAAUUAACAAUUUGAAGGAGGAAAAAAAUAUUUCUGAAAAUGUUUGAAUAGGGGAAAAAAAAACCUUAAUGUCCCGAUUUGUGUUUUAUUUUUUUCCUCCCGAAGACCUGUUUCUCAUGCGGCAAUUUUGCAGAAAGGGCGUGUGCAAGGGGCUGCACGCCCACACGCUCGUUCACCCAGCUGCUGCUAAUCCAAGAUGUGCCCCCAACCCCCCUUGCUUCCCUUCCUCCUCCUCCAAUAUUGGUCCAUGUUGGACCCCCACCCCACCCUUCUCUUAGUAUUGUACUUGAAAGAAGAAAAAACGCCGGAGGAGCGCUUGCUUUAUGGAACUGUAAGGUCUCCGUCGAGUGGGCGGGGUCAAAGACACCCACUCGAGUCCGGAACUUUUUCCCUGCCCCUAAACUUUGUUUUUAUAGCCCCCUCCACUUCCCCCCUCGCCUUCUUCUAACAUUUGUACGGGGAUGCUUCGCUCUUUUGCUGGAAGUCUUACGUGUUGCUGUCCAAUGAAAAGCAUGAAGUUCAAUAUAUUUAUGCACAAAAAUUCUAAAUGGUUUUUUUUCCAGCUUUUUUGCCAAAAACGUUAUAAUUUUUAUUACGAAACAAAGAAUACCCUUUGACCAUACAAUGCUUUACAGUGGACAACAACGGUAUGGAAAUGUGUAUGUGUAUGUGGAUCAUCUCUACCCAAUGAUAAUCCCAUUUUUGAUAUUUUUUUAUCCCGACAAUAUGAGAGUGUGUGUGUGUGUGUGUGUGUGUGUGUGUGUGUGUGUUGUCGUCACGGUCUAAUAAAACUGGUAUUUCCAAAGAUGGUGAUUUUACAGUUUUAUCCUACCCUUUCCAAAUUAUUUAAUCAUGACAUUUUAUGGUUUCUCUUUUUUCAUGGAAAGUAACAGUGUUCCCUGUCGAAUUAUUUUUUUUUUCCUGUUCAAAAAAAUGAGGGUUUUAAAAAAAAAACUUUUGUUUAUAAAUAACUUUUUUCAGUACAGUAUUUUGGGGUGAUAAAAAGAGGAAAGAAUUCACAGAAUUUGGACAAGUGUAUCCAGAAGAAGAUGACAAAAUUUCUACAUACAUACGUGCUUUCCAUGAGACAAGAGCAACACGUGUGCUUCAUAACCAAACGUUGGUCAGAUGGGUUAUAUUGUUUAAUUGUACGUCAACAUGGAAGAUGAGAUAUGUAUGUCUUAACUGCAUUAGCAAUGUGCCUUUAUGUGGUUGGUGUGUGUGGUGGAGAGACAAAAGUGGCAUAUUUAUUCGCUCCCGUGACUCAUAUCACGUACCCAACGCUCUCACCACAUGCACUUAUCCACAGCUUCCUCGCCAUGUCCUUUUGUGGAGCAUACACAAACACGGUUCUGAAGCGAAUUGGAUCAAAUUUGGCAGGUGUCAUAUUUGUGCUUGUGUGCCUUGGUGAAUCCUCUCGUUUAGCUUUCGGGACCAGGCGAGGGUUUAUUAUCAAUUUCUCUCCAAACAAAAUUGUCCAUCGGCCUUUUUCCCCUUGCUCCCCGCCUUAACGCCAUACUCGACGUUUCGGACACACUCGUACAAGGUUAACGUGUUCUUCUGAUGUUUGGAUUGACAGGUCGCUGAGAGCGUGUUGCAUGUUUUUGGUCCAAAAUGUCACAUUUCACGAUACCAAGUGGAACCUCCAAAUGUCAGAUUUUUUUUCCCUAUUACCAUGUUGGAAAUGAGGCUUCUUUUACAAGGGGUGAAAACUCCACCUCCGACUCCCUCGUCUUCACAAAAAUUAGAUUUGAAGCAUUCAUUUUUUUGAAGGUUGUAGUCGUAAAUAAUAUUUGACUGAAUUAAAAUAGACGUGGUUUCAGCACAUUCGGUAGACACGCCCACAUCCUUAAAGUGCAGGAGUAUAUUUUUUCCCCCCUCUAUUUUGAAGCCUUAUUUUACAUAAUUGCUUGUCUUUUUUUUGUCUGUGUACAUAACAAUCAUUAAAGUUUGGCGAGGUUGUUAACAACACUCUGCCAUGUCAAAUUCAUAACAGCCGUCAGUUCAUAAAUAUUUUAAACUUGCUUGUUGCGUUUUUGACAACAGUCGCAAGAGAGGUCGGAAAAGUCGUGCUUUUGUAAAUGAGCGCAGCAUAGAAUACAAAAUACUUGUUUUUUAUUGAUUUCUUUUUUUCUAAUAGAAUUUAAAUACUUUUUAAAAAAAAAAAAAAAGUUUACAAAAUUUCCCAACAUUUCCCCCUCCAAAAUCUGAAAAUAUAUGGAGAAAAACAUUUUCUCAAAACUAUUUGGACACAAAAUAUGCAAACAAAUUCCAAAUCAAAAUCUUAAAAAUAAAAUUGCAGGGCUCGGGGAGGAACACAAUUAUCUGAAAGUUUUGUGAAAGAUGAAAAGAGAAAAAUUGCUGACUUUGGACGUUCCACUGAACAGUUGAUUAGAAAUGUAUUUUUCCCUCAAAUGUUUUGCAGACUUGACAUCCCUCGUUAUUGAUUUACUUUGCUGCUUUAGGCUGAUUAUUAAGGAAUCACCUCGUUGCUUCUCAAUGUGUCCAUUUUCAUAUUUUUUUUUCUUCCCCCCCACCGCCCCUUGCUGUUUCUGCCUAAAUGUUAUGAAUGAUUCCUAUUUAUAUUUGAGCCCAUGUUUGCAACACAUUUAAAAUAAUUUUCAAGGGGCCUUAAAGACACGGAACAGUGGGAAAUUCAGUGUUUAUGCACGCGUGCGUGUGUGUGUCAUGUGAGCAUUUCCAGUUGUCCAAGAGGGCGCAGCAUGAAGGGAGAGGCUUCUGUUUCACACGUCUUUGUUAGUUUGGAUACUGUUUUAUAUGAAUAUAUUAAUAAUAAAAUCAAGAAAAGAAGAAGCCUCAAGCUAGAAUGUACGUAUACGUUUGUGUGUAGGCAAAGUUCUGCUGUCUUGUUAGUUGAUACACACAAUAUUUUAAUUAAAUAAAAAGUUGUGUUUCCGCA